AUGGGUUUGCUGUCGGAUAAUGUUAGUGUCAAUGACUAUGUCUUUGAUGAGGGGAAUGGUAUUGAGACUAACGGACACGUCUGGGUCUGUCGUAUCACUACUACUCGCGUUUUGAUCGUUCAAUUGAUUCACUUCAACUCUAAAUGCGAGAAGUAUUGGCCGAGUAGUGACGAUCCGGACGACGACGACAUGGACAGAGGGGACGACAGCACCGGCAGCAACACCAGGAGCUCGAAAAAGGCCAUACCUAGCAUGCAGUUCGGUGACAUCGCCAUUGAAUUAGUAUCGGAAGAAGCCAUUGAAAGCGAAUUCAUAAUACGAGAGCUAAAGCUCAUAAAAGGCGAUUCGCAUCAUUCGCUAACGCAAUACCAUUUCAUACAAUGGCCUGAUUUCGGGUGCCCUCAGAAUCCCUAUUCGCUCAUCCAUUUGAUUGAAUUUUCAGUUCUCCCGGUAGUUGUGAUUCAUUAA